GAGAAAAACACAACACUACAAAAAAUCAGUCACGAGAUAUUACAAGACAAAAGGCCAAACCUCUUCCUAGGGUAGGGAGUUGAUGACUUUGAUACACACCAACCCAACUCCACAACCUUUUUUACUGUAAUAGAUCAGAGCUUUUAAGCAAAACCAAGCUUCAUUUUUCAGAACUGGCUUUCUCUCAUCUCUUUGCCUUACACAUUUCCUGUGUGAAUAAUGGCUUCUUUACACCACUCAUCGAAGUUAGUACUCCUCCUCUCUUUUUCCCUCAUUGCCCUCAACUUCUACAUUAUUUCCGUACAAGCCCUUAACAUCAGCAUUCAAGCAAGUUCUACCAUCUCUCUGUCUAAAGAGUGCAGUAGAAAAUGUGAAUCAGAGUUCUGUAAAGUGGCACCAUUUCUAAGAUAUGGGAAGUAUUGUGGGCUGCUAUACAGUGGAUGUCCAGGGGAGAAGCCAUGCGAUGGCCUUGACGCUUGUUGUAUGAAGCAUGAUGCCUGCAUUCAAGCUAAGAACAAUGACUAUUUAAGCACAGAGUGUAGCGAGAAUUUAAUAAAGUGCAUAGACAAGUUCAAGAGAUCAGGAGAACCGACAUUCACAGGGAACACAUGCUUAGUUGAAGAUGUUACUAAACUCAUCACUCUCGUCAUCGAUGCUGCUUUGCUUGCUGGAAGAUAUCUCCACAAGCCUUAAAUUCCUUCUCUUAUUAUCUCAUCAUCAUCCUCUCUCUUCUUUUUUAUUUUCUCAACAAACAAACAAACAAAAAAAAAACACUUGCACUCUAUUCUUGCUAGCUGUUUCCAACUUUUUUUUUUUUCUUUUCUUUAUUGUCACUAGAAAUGUGACAUAGAUGCACGUGUUUCUCACCUCACUCCACUACUUCUGUUCAUCUAUUUAUUCUGUCAACUACUUUUUCUUUUUAUUUUUUUUUUAGAAGAAAACUGAACCUUUAAAAAUGCAUAUUCCAAAUGUGAAUGACAAGAUUAAGGCAUGUUUAUUUC